AACGCAGGUCACGUGACGCCGUGUCCGCCGCCAUCAUUGUUAGUGGCAGUGAAGCCUCGGUGAGGUGAGGAGGACCAUCAGCGGAGCUUCGCAGAGUGUCAGUCCUGGUUUCAGUGAGUGCUCUUCGGGCAGGAGCCAUGGUUCAGACUUGCUCGGCGUACGGAUGCAAGAACCGCUACCACAAAGACAAAGACAUCUCCUUCCACAAGUUUCCUCUAGCACGUCCAGAUGUUUGUGGUAAAUGGGUGGCAGCGAUGAGGAGGAACAACUUCAAGCCGACAAAGUACAGCAACAUCUGCUCACAGCAUUUCACCAAAGACUGCUUCAAGAGAGAGUGCAACAACCGAGUGCUGAAGGAGAAUGCUGUGCCAUCCCUUUUCACCUUCAGCCUCAGCAUCAAGUCAGAGUCCCUGGAGCACCCCUUCCCCUCAGAGAUCCACUUCCCAAUCUCUCUGCCUCUGACCUCUGACCCAGCGGUGGAGGAGGAGGAGGAGCCUGAACCCGGGGAGAGCCUGCCUGACACACACAGUGACACGGUGGCGGUCUCCUGCGACCACAACUACACGGCGGAGGACUCUGCACAGCAGAAGAAGCGCAUUGAGCAGCUGGAGGAGCAGCUGGAGCGUCUGAGAAAGAAGCUGAAGACAACGCAGCAGAAGUGUCGGCGGCAGGAGAGGCAGCUCAAGAGGCUGAAGGCCGCCUGUGAAGUGACCAGGACCAGUCGUGAGCCACCUGCAGCAUUUGGCGAGGGAUACGUGAUUUUACCAAAACAAAUCUACCACACACUCAAAGGUAUCGAGUGAUGAGGUGGAGAAGAAGGAGAAAAUAGCUGUGGUCAAACUGACCAGCAGAUAAAAUUCUGCUGCAGGUUCCAUCUCAGAUCUGUCAGAAGCAGCCAGGAAGACUGCUGGUGCUGAGCAAGGCAGCGCCUCCCAAACUGAGAGCUAUAGGACUCACUUGUUGGAGAAUGCAAAUGCAGGAUGUGGAAAACUUCAGCCUGUUUUGGUGGAUACAACAAACUCCUUACAUAUCCAUGUUUUUCUUUGCUUUUCAUUUAUUUAUAUAUUCUGAUUAGGCUGCAGUGAAACUAACUUUAAAGGUGCUUCAUGUAAGUUUUUGCCAUCGCUACAUAACAACAUUAGCGUUAACAGCUGUUUACUUAACGAUCUAGAAGAAAUGUUGCAAGUUCAGCAACAAACUUCAUUUCUUUAUGUGCUAUUACUACGACUCAUCCUCUCAUGGUGGACUGAAGGCAGACUGGUCGCUACAGUUACAAACUAUUGCAAAGUGGUAUGAGACGGGAUGGGACGUGUCUAGUCGGUUAGCAUCCAAACUUCAGUAGAAGAAAAGACGUGAUAGAAAUAGUUGCACAACAAGAGUCAACAUUGGCGUUGCUUUCCACCGCUGGAGACAGCUCUGGAUGAGUAAAGGAAUGAAGUUUAGGGCUGAACUUGCAACAAUUCUUCUAGACUGGUAAAUGAGCAGUUAUUAAUGCUAAUGUUGGCUAUGUAGUGAUAGCAAAAACUUGUAUGUUGCACCUUUUAAAUGAACUCACUUUAAAUUAAAAGCUAAAUAUUGUGAGUUUGGCUUUAUAAAGAGUUGUAUACUGAAACAAUUUCUUGACUGGCUGGCUGCAGUGACUCUGAGAUGCUGCAAAGAAGUACUGGGCUGGUGGAUUAACUGCUGUUGGUCAAGAAACAGUUUCAGCAUGUGACCCCCCCCAUAAAAUCACGAACUGCUGUUUUUACAUUAGUGCUUGUGUAAGGAUUAAACAAUAAGAUACAGGAUAUCAGUCGGUGAGCUUUAGAGGUACCGGUAGGUGCAUUUUUGAACUUAAGACAGUAUCCAGUCUUUAUGCUACGAUAGGCUAACCACAUCUUGACUCCAGGGUUGUACUUAGCACACAGAUAUGAGAUUUAAUAUUAAAUGUAUCUUCUUAUAUCAUUCUCAGAAAGGAAGCAAAUCAAUAUUUUCAAAAAUAUUGAACUAUUCCUUUUGAGAGCCUGGUUUGGGAUUUGGGGAUGCAGUUGGACACUAUAACAAAAAACAUGUACGUCUUUGACUUCUAUCCUAUUUAUGUUGUUUGUCUUUGACAAAAUGUUUCCUAAACAAAAAAAAGGUCACAAAACACCCAAACAAGGUCAUACGUGUGUGUGUGUGUGUUCCUUAAUGCAGAAUCACUGAAGAGCUGCUUGUGUGCAAUAAACUUAAAACACACUGAAGCCAUAA